UGUUUGUCUGUUCCGUGAUACUGCCCUCGGUGAAUUUUGCAUUUCACCACUCAUUUCACAAAACUUCGAAACUGCUGAUUGGCCAUUCUAAAUCAACCAGUUCUAGAUCGAAGCACGAACCAUUUGCAGUUGAGCAAUGAAUACAGAAGAAGGGGAGGCAAGAGGCACAAAUUAUAUAAACUUGGAUGAAUUUCACAUUUCAAAAGAGUUGGGAUUUGUUUUACCGAAUCCAUUGUCUGAUCUGCCGAAAAUGUACCAACCAUGGAUGGAUAUCGCAAACAACUUAACCCAUUUGAUUGAAUGUCAUCAGCUUCGUUGCGAAGUCAAUAAUAUGCAACUCCUGAAUACAGACUUUCUCAAUGGGUAUAAACAGCUACGGUUGGCACACCUGGCACUCAGCUUUAUUACAAUGGGCUAUGUGUGGCAGGAGGGAGAACACAACAUCGCAAAGGUACUGCCCAAGAGUCUUGCAGUGCCAUACUGUGAGGUAUCCAAAAUCCUUGGGCUACCACCUAUCUUAGUUCAUGCAGACUGUGUUUUAACAAAUUGGAAGAAAAAAGACAGCAAUGGGACAAUGGAGCUGAGAAAUUUGGACAUUAUCUUCAAAUUGCCGGGAGGAGAUAGCGUCAGAGGAUUCUUCCUGGUGACACUCGAUGUGGAACUGGCAGCAGUACAAGGCAUCAAGGCUAUUUCCAUUGCAACCAAAGCAAUACUGAAAUAUGAUGAUGUUGCACUUAAAAACGCUUUGCAUGAUAUCGCUGAAUCAAUUAGGAAGAUGAAUCAAUCUCUGAAGAAGAUGGAUAAGCACGUGGUUCCUGAAACUUUUUAUGGAAUAAUUCGACUCUUUCUUUCUGGAUGGAUGGAUAAUCCAGCCUUUCCGGAAGGUUUAUUGUAUGAAGGAGUGUGGGAUAAACCUAGGCUUUUCUCAGGUGGGAGUGCCGCACAAAGUUCCACUUUGCAGUCCUUUGACGCGUUUUUGAGGAUACAUCAUGAGGAAGAGAGCGCUGAAUUCCUGCACCGGAUGAGGGAUUACAUGCCUCCUUCCCACAAGGCUUUUAUCCAAUUAAUCGCCUCAGGACCGUCUGUGCGAGAGUACAUCAUGCUCAGCAGAAAUCCGCCUCUCCGUGAGCUGUACAAUGAUUGCAUAGCUGCGCUUGUUGAUCUGAGGAACUAUCACAUCACAGUCGUCACUCGGUAUAUCACGAUAACUGCAGUCAAAGCAAAAGAAGAGAAAGCCAAGCUAAAUAGCUCAGCAAUUUUUUUAAAGAAAGCUCCAGAUUCCUUAGCAGAAAGGGGAACGGGUGGAUCAGGAAUCAUGUGUUUGCUUAAAAGUGUCCGAGAUUCGACUAAGAAAGUAAUGAUCGAUAACAUUUGAUGUGAUCAACGGAGAUUAAUUCAUUUAUUAUGUUAAAAUAUCUAACUAAUAUAUAAUUCUUUAGGAAGCUAGGCAGCUUAUUUAUUGGUUAAAUGGGAAGUAACAGUGAAAUCUUCAAAUAUCAGCAGCAAUCAUUGACAUUUUCACUAUAGUAGCAACACUGACAUUAACUACUUCUAAAAUUUCUUGCUGGGCAUGUGGGUGUUGCUGGCAAGGCCCGCAUCUGUUGCUCUGUCCCUAAUCAGCUUGAUACAAUUACAUAACGCAUAAAAACAAGCAUCGAGCUGAACACUGAAUUGGUAACAGAGAUUUAAUAGCUUUCACUUUGACAUAACCAAAUGUAGUUAAAAUAAUUCUGUUUCUUCAUGUUGUUUCAGGAAGGACAUAAAAUCAUAAGACCUAGGAGCAGAGGUAGAUCAUUCAGGCUAUUGAGUCCACUCUACCAUUACUGAUCUGACAAUCCUCAACUCCACCUAUAUCCUGUAUUCCAUAACCUGGAUUCACUUAAUGAUUAGAAAAAUGUCUUCUCAGCCUUGAACAUAUGUAAUGGCCCAACCUCAACAUCUUUCUGUUGAGAGAUCCUCAGAUUCCCCACCCUCAGAAAAAAAUUCCUAUCUCUGUCUUAAACAGGCAACUUCUUCCUUUGCGGUGAUACACUUUGGUCCUAGAUUCUCUCAGAAGGGGAAGUAACCUCUCUGCAUCAACACAAUUAUAGUAUCAUAGGGGUUUCCAGCAUGGAAACAGGCCACUUGGCCCAACUUGUCCAGGCCAUCCAGUUUAAUUAAGCUAGUCCUAUUUUCCUGCAUUUAGUCCAUAUCCUUCCUUACCUAUCCAAUCCAUAUACCUAUCCAAAUGUUCCUUUAAAUGACAAAAUUGUACUCCCCUCCAUCACUUCUUCUAGCAGACUGGUCCACUCACCACCGUCUGUUUGAAAAAUUGUCUCUCUAUACCCUUUUCUAUUUCUCCCUUCUCGCCUUAAACCUUAGCCUUUUUCAUUUGCUGCCCUAAGCAUGGGGAAAAGCUGUUGGCCAUCUACGUUUAUCUAUGUCUUUCGUGAUUUUAUAGACCUCCUAUUAGGGCAUCCUCAAUCUCCAACAUUCCAGGGAAAAUAGCCUCAGCCUGUUCAGCCUCUCCUUAUAACUUAAACCUUCCAGUACAGAUAGCAUCCUCGGACUAAGGGAGAAAACACAGAUUUAAGAGAGGUACAAGCAGGUAGUGAAUUAAUGUUUAACGUUGUAAUGAUGUUGAUCUGGAACUCCUUGUCUCUGCAGAUGGUCGAUGUGCAGACAAUCAAUUUAUUCUGAAAGGAAAUUGAAUGAAAUUGAGAAAAAUAGGGUUACAUACGUGAAUAGCCCAGACAGAACAAAAAGGGAAAGAAUGGUCCUGGCAGAAGACUAGAAAGGGAAAGGGAAGUGAAACAGUUUGAAUUACAAUUAAUAGUAGGAGAUAAAGAAAAGGAAAUGAUGGCUCUAGCAGAAGGGAGCAAGAGAGUUUUUGAACUUCAGAAGUUGGAAAUAAAAGUCGACUUCAAAUGGUGAAAAUAGAGGUGAAAAGUAGUAGUGAUGAGGACAUGAUGGAGAGCAAUCCCAUUAGAGCCAAUGGCCUGGUGGGGAUCUUUUUAAAUAUGUCCAAGCCAAAGUUUGACAACAAUUAUGUUGGAGCUUUUCUCAUUUCAUUUGACAAAGUGGCUAAAUAUGUGAAAUAGGUAUUGAUGAUCCAAACAAAGUUGGUAGGUAGAGCUAGUGAGGUAUUUGCAUCACUAUCAGAGGAGGUAUAUGGGGAGUAUGAUGAGGUGAAAAAUGCCAUCUUAAGUGCAUUAAAGUUAGCACCAGAAGCUGACCAACAACACUUUAGGAAUCCAAGGAGGGAACCUGGUCAAAUAUACAGUACGUUUAAAAGAAUUAAACAACGUAAUUUUGAUAGAUGGAUAAGGGCAUUGAGAAUAGAUCAAACAUAUGACAAUCUUGGAGAGACAAUUGUUUUGGAGGAAUUCAAAUAUUCACUUGCUAAACUAGUGAGAACUCUGGCAGAAGAUGGGAAAAUUUAAUACUGCAAGAUUUGCAAUGGAAGUGGCAGAUGAUUGAAUUGUUUCAUAACUCAAAUGUUGGCUUCCAACAUCAAUUUCAAUCUAGUAAGGGAUAUAAACUGAGGAAAAGAUAAACCCUCAGGUGGUAACAGAAACGGAAAUCUCAUUGAAGGUAGUAAAGAUGGCUUACCAAAAGGUAAAAAGGAAACCUGAGGGAAAGUUCAGGUGUUUUCACUGCAAUAAAGUAGGUCGCAUGAAGUUGGAAUGUUGCUGAUUUCGACAAAGUACUGGGAAGAUGGAUGUGGAAAAACAGGAUAAGCCAGUCAGUUUCAUUGAAAUGGUAAAGAAAAGCACAGUGGAAGCGAAUAAGCUGCAAAAGAAUAUACAGCCUGAUCACGUCAGUUGAGAAGAAAGUUCCAGAUCUCUCUAAAGAAUUUACUCACAUGGGUAAGGUUUCCUCAUGUAUGCCAGAAGGAGCAGGUGAAGAAAUUUAAGAAUUUAAGAGCUUCAAUAACAAGUCAAUCUUUGGUGAAAGGUGAGCAGAUACGUGACUUAGAAGGAAUAUUGCCACAAAAAAUGGUAAUAUGCAGAAUUCAUAGUAUGAAGAGUACUGUUCCAUCAUAUCAAGUGAGGUUGGAAGGUCUGAAAGAAAGUGGUGAAGUGCAGGUGGAAUAAUAGAGAAAUUCUUGGUUCCAGAAGUACAGGUUAUCCUUGGUAAUGACACAGCUGGAUCACGGAUAUGAGUGAUGCCUAUUGUGGUUGAAAAGCCAGUAGAACAUCAGACAACUGAGGUGUCAGAAGUAUAUUGUGGGAUUUUUCUUGACUGUGUGGUAACAAGGUUACAAAACCACGGAUUGAAGCAGGAGAAGAAAUCAAAGAGUAAAGAUAAGGAAGUUGAAGUCCAAUUUGUUAGAAAUGAGGUUUGAUCAAAUGGUUGAGAAAAAACAAGAACAGGUGGAGGAUAAAGUGGAUAUUUUUAGUUCAGAGAAGUUGGCUGAAUUACAAUACAAACAGGAAAACGGAAGUAAUUAUAUCAAAAAACACACACAGAAUCUGAGUCUAUCUCAGAAUGUUAUUAUCUUAAAAAGAGAAAAUGGAGACCAUUACACAUUCAGACAGAUGAAAACUGGGCAGUUGUUCAUCACGCUUAUUACAGGCGGUUUGCAGAAAGGAGGUUUUGCAGGUAGUACACAAAUUACCAGUAGGAAACCAUUUGGGAGUAAGGAAAACCCAAAAUACAAAAAUAUUUUUAUUAGUCUGGACUGCAAAAGAAUGUGGUUGAAUUUCAAGCUCUACCAUCCCGACUUGGAAAUGUAUCAUCAUUCGUUCACUGUCACUGGGUCAAAAUCCUGCUACCCCCUCCCUCAGGACAUUGUGCAUUAACCCACAGCACAUGGACUGCAAUCGUUCAUGAAGGCAGCUCACCAUCACCUUCUGAAAGUCAAUUAGGGAUGGGCAAUAAAUGCUGGCCAGCCAGCAGCACCCACAUCCCAUUAGUGAAGAAAAACAAAUUCAACUAAGGCCAUUACUACUAUCUCUUAUGAUUGCUCUCAAAUUGUUCAUGUGAUGUGCUAGCAGCACGCAAUGAUUAUGAUCCAAUGCACAUCAAUAAAAAUGCCCAUUUCAGGCAUGAUCUCAGGUGUUUUUCCAAAUCUGGGCAGUUUGGACUGAAGCUUGAUCUGCAUGUGGCUUCCUUUCAAGUGUUUAACUUGCAAGAUCAACUGUGAUGCAACUGGCUGAUUUUUUUUUUGUCCGAUCAUCCAGAGAUAGUAGGAACUGCCAAUGCCAAAGAAUCUGAGAUAACAAGUUGUAGGGCUGGAUGAAAGCAGCAGGCCAAGCAACAUCAGAGAAGCAGGAAAGGUGAUGUUUUGGGUCUGGACACUUCUUCAGAAAUGAAGAAGCGUCAGCUUUCCUGCUCCUCUGAUGCUGCUUGACCUGCUGUGUUCAUCCAGCUUGACACCUUAGUUAUCUAGCAUUUUAGGGUGAGAUUGGUGACUUACUCCCUGACGAGGCAAAGGAGAUUUAAUAUAUUAACCUGGGACUCAUAAGUGACAUUUGUUUUCUUUGCUAUGUCUGAAAAAAGAUUGGAAUGUGGAUAAGAGGAUGCUCACAGCAUAAUGACAAUCAAGCAUAAUGACAAUCAAUCCUUCUGCACGGUUUUGUGUUUUGCUUGAGUCGAAUAACUGAGGCAGAUCUCUCCUUCCGUAACUCUAAUAAAAUUAUCGUAAAAGCUA